AUGGAAUUGCUCUUUGCAGUGUACGAGGCCAGGGGCCUGUUGCUUUGUCUUGGCCUGGCGGUCUACCUCGUCUACAAAGUCUGGGUGUACCGUCGACUCAGCGCCUUCAAAGGCCCGUUUAGUUCGGGGUGGUCCGAGGCAUGGAGUUCGGUCACCACGGGCAGGCAGCAAAUGGCCCUAGGAUACUCGGGGAAGGAGAAUCUUGAACUGGAGGACACAGUCGAUACGUAUAUUGGAAAACUGAUACACCUGAUACGAUCCAAGUAUCUAUCCACCCCCGACUUCACACAGCCAUUCGACUUUGGUAAGAAAACCCAAUACCUUGCCGUCGACAUCAUCAACGCCAUCGGCCUCGGGGCACCCCUCGGCAACCUCGACACAGAUAGCGACCGGUACCGAUACAUCGAGACGACCGAGAUGGGAUUCAAGAUUGGGAAAAUUUUCCUCGCCCUCGGCCUUCUCCCGCUCAUACAAAACCGCUGGGUCAUGGGCCUCUUGGCACCGUUGGGAGAGGACGGGCUCCGCUUCGGCUGGCCGCUGCGGAACGCGCGGGCGCGCAUCGACGAGCGGCUCCAGCAGGAGACGGAGACGCGGUCCGACAUGCUCGCGUCGUUUGUACGCCACGGCCUGACCCGCGACCAGCUCGUCAACGAGUCCCUGCUGCAGCUGAUCGCCGGCUCCGACACCAUCUCCACCUCGAUCCGUGCCUUGUUCCUGUACCUGCUGACCCACCGCCGCGUGUAUGCUACCCUACAGGCCGAGGUCGAUGCCGCGGUGGCCAACGGGACCGCCCCGCCUGCCCCUGGUGUCAUCUCGGAGGCGGGGUCGAGGAGCUUGCCCUACCUGCAGGCGUGCAUCAAGGAGGGGAUGCGUGUGCGUCCGCCUGCCGGGGCCUUGGUCCCCAAGAGGGUGCCUGACGGGGGGGACACGAUCGUGGUGGAUGGGAAGCCGGUGUUUUUGCCGGGUGGGACGAACAUCGGUGUGUCUAUGUUUGCCUUGCAGCUGAAUAAGGGGGUCUUUGGUGAGGAUGCGGAGGAGUUUCGCCCUGAGCGGUGGCUGUUUGAGAAGGAUGAGAAGAGGUUGGCUACCAUGCACCGCGUGCAGGAGCUGAUCUUUGGGUAUGUAUUUUGGAUGGAGGCGAAGAGCUGA